CGGGCUGCGGAAGCUCGAGGACCCGGAGGACAGCAGCCCAGGGAAAAUAUACUCCACUUUGAAGAGACCACAAGUUGAAACCAAAACAGAUACGGUGUACGAAUAUGUGCUACUCGACUUCAGUAUGGAAGGAGCAGCCCUGGGCGGGGUUGAGUGGUUACCCAAGAGAAGGAGGCCUCAGCAGCCUGCUGUGCUUGUAGUCCCUGUCUGGCUGGUGUAACGCUGCUGUGCUUGUAGUCCCUGUGUGGCUGGUGUAACGCUGCUGUGCUUGUAGUCCCUGUGUGGCUGGUGUAACGCUGCUGUGCUUGUAGUCCCUGUGUGGCUGGUGUAACGCUGCUGUGCUUGUAGUCCCUGUGUGGCUGGUGUAACGCUGCUGUGUUUGUAGUCCCUGUCUGGCUGGUGUAACGCUGCUGUGUUUGUAGUCCCUGUCUGGCUGGUGUAACGCUGCUGUGCUUGUAGUCCCUGUCUGGCUGGUGUAACGCUGCUGUGUUUGUAGUCCCUGUGUGGCUGGUGUAACGCUGCUGUGCUUGUAGUCCCUGUGUAGCUGGUGUAAUGCUGCUGUGCUUGUAGUCCCUGUCUGGCUGGUGUAACGCUGCUGUGUUUGUAGUCCCUGUGUGGCUGGUGUAACGCUGCUGUGUUUGUAGUCCCUGUCUGGCUAGUGUAACGCUGCUGUGUUUGUAGUCCCUGUCUGUCUGGUGUAACGCUGCUGUGUUUGUAGUCCCUGUCUGGCUGGUGUAACGCUGCUGUGUUUGUAGUCCCUGUGUGGCUGGUGUAACGCUGCUGUGUUUGUAGUCCCUGUCUGGCUAGUGUAACGCUGCUGUGUUUGUAGUCCCUGUCUGGCUGGUGUAACGCUGCUGUGGUGUGUCGCCGUGAGAAGGGCGCUACUCUAUCAUUCACAUUCCUCUGUGACAACCAAAACGUUGUUCUGGGUUUGUGUUGUGUGUGUGUGUCUGUGGGAUUUCCCCUCUCCCCAGGGGAAUAGGGAUGGUGAAGUCAUUAGAGGACGGAGGAGGAAGGGUGCAAAUGGCCCUGUGCAGUCGUCCUACCGUGCAGUACGUGGCCUCCCUGUGCGAGCUGCCCCAGGCCCUGCAGCCCUACUACACCCAGGGCUACGUCCUGACAGCCCUGCAUCCCAUCAUCCUCUCCGUCGGACGCACGCGCUCGCUGCCCUUCAGCCUGCUGUAUCGGGCCAUCCUGGCCCGACCUCGGCCCAGUAAGCAUGCGGUGUCCAUGUGCCACAGUGUCCCAGUGCUGAGAGUGGAGGAGUGGCCCCUCCCAGGAGAGUCUCUGACGGGAGACAUCGUGAGGGCGCUUAUCGACAGGGUCAACAGCAGUGCACGUGGCGGGGUGAGGUUUGUGGGCUCGGUCCUCCAGCAGGCUGGAGGAGGAGGGGGCAGCAACGGCCGGGUGCCCAGUCCCAGGAGGGGCUGCCGUUCCCCCCCGCGCUCCCCUCCGCGCACCCCCCCUGGAGACGGAGACCUGGAGGAGAACACCUACAGCCCUGACCUAAGGCUUCUGGUGUUCUUCCAUUCCUGGGCACCAGGCUGCGCCCCGCUGGACUCCCUGGCCUGUCAGUACCACCAGGGGGCACUUUCCAUGCGCGUCUCCAGGAAGGGCCAGGUGGUCAGCGCGCUGGAGGCUGAUUGGCUGGAGCUAACCGCCGCCUACUACCGCAAGGGCUGGUCAUUGGUGGACUCUUUUGUAUACUGGGACACACCCAAAGGUGACCCAGUGCCCAGGUCUCUAGAGGGUCUGUUUGUCUAUGAGGAGAGGAGCACUUCACCUCCAGCCAAUGACACCAUCGUCGUGGAGCAGUGGACUGUGAUAGAGGGUUCCAAUGUGAAGACUGACUAUGGACCCCUCCUUCACACUCUCGCUGAGUUUGGCUGGCUUCUUACCUGUGUGCUUCCCACUCCUAUCAUCCGCCAUGACAGUGAUGGUAACCUGGCCACCAAGCAGGUGGUGUUCCUCCAGAGACCCGUCAAGAUGCAGGCAGCUUCCCCGAAGAACCAGGAUGCCACAGCCUCCAUGCAGCGUGAUGUUUCCACGCGAUCUGUGAGUCGCGGGGUGGGCAGCACCACCCCAGAGGAGCUCUCCCCUACAUCAGGGGGUAUUGGGGGCUUCCCGGUGUUCGGAGGAGGGUAUCCCAGCGCCCUCUCCCACCUGGAAGAGGGGGGCUUUGAACAAGACGAUGGCGCAGCAGAGGUUACCUGUAUGUGAUCAGCGCAGAGAGAGACACCGACAGAAACUGUAAACACACACACACACACACUUACUGUACACCCAUAUCCCUCUAACCCUUUCCACAUAACCAGGAAUAUAGAGUAGAGAAAAGAAUUGGCACUUUUGUAAUGUUUAUUAUUUUUAUAUAUUUUUUUUUUUUCAAGCCAUACAGUAUUUAUCACUUGAUUUUAAGACCACAUUUUAUACAAGUUCUUGGGGAAAAAACAAGCAAUAUGCAUUCACUACCAUAUAGAUAUUUUACUUCACCUUGUUCGCAUUCACGUAUGACACUUUAGUAAGGGAAAGGUUCUAAAAGAGAAUGUCAUGCUAAUCAUGCAUCCUUCACAUGAUGAGAAACAGACACACAUAUGACUGUCACCUCCGCAAAACAAGCCACAUGUGACGGGGAUCAGAGGAACCAGGAAGAGCCAUGCACACUGACGGCCCUCUCCACUUCCUGUGAUCCAUCAGUCCUCCUCUGAGAUGUUUUCAUCCGCUUUUCCUGUUGUGUGACCCACCCGCCGCCACUUGCACCUCGGUUCAUCCCCUCAUCCUCUGUUGGCCUGCUACUUCCUGUUAGCUGUAUCUCUCCUGUAAACACAUGCAGGAUAUAAACAUUUAUCAGGUGGACAAAUACACAAGUUGUGUAUGUCGGUACUGAGAAUAACCUGACCUCUCAAUACUGCUGUGUCACAAAAUAAGGAGCCCUGCCUCUUGUGAUGGGUGACAUAAAACACAGUUCUUGGGUUCAUGCCCGGGGAAGUUUAUUUGUACAAUAGGAUGAGUUUUGAUGUCUUUCUAUAGGGUGUAUGGGUUCUCCAAGGCCCCAGGAUGGCUGUGAAUUUUUGUAAACAUCCACUUGAACCAUGAGAUUGAGUUAGUUCAACUUCAGUUCGGGAUGUUCAGGUUGUGUAAAAUUGAUCAUAGGGAAAAAACUUUUGACAAAUCUUUUAGGGGAAAAAAAGCCACAUUUGAGACAAUUUGUACACUAGGGUUAUACCUUUCAUUUUGACUGGUGCUCGAGUCUGUUCUCCAUACUCACCUGUUAAUGAUGUAAUUACGUUUAUUUCAUCAGUUGGGCUCAAACUGUGCACAUUGUUAUGGAAUUAUUUGUUCACUUGUUUCACUGUUCAGUGGUAGAAGUCUCAAAUGAUUGACAUUGUUUAAGAUCUGACUCCAGGACACAAGACAGUUUUUAGUGUAAUGGUAAUAGAGGGAAUGAAAGGAAGGCUUGACAAGAGAUUGUCAUGCUGCUGUAAAUAUCUUUAUAGGUUAACAGAAGUAUUAUUGUUUGUGGGAACCUUUGUAGUUCUACAUGUUUCUAUUGAUCUUCCUCGCCUUGGGAUGAGUAAAUCAGUGUUAUCUACCUUUUGCAGUGUUUUCAGUUUUGAGAAAUGUUUUCUUCCUGUACUAUUGAUAUAUUAAAUAGUUUUACCCUUUUA